CCCCCACCCUGUCCUCCUGCCGUUCCUUCAUCACACCCACCUCCGCCCACUUUCAUAAGACGUGAGUUCCCUGCAUACGCUUAUCUCAAACCUUAUUCUGCCACAUUGCUGUGUCGCUGACGCCGUUGCUCGCAGGCCAUGGUCGCCCAGGCUGACGGUCGCGUGAACGAGCGCAUCGAGAACUACACCAAGUUCUGGCAGAAGGACAUCUCCAAGGACAGCGCGAACGACACCACCAACCGCAUCGACAGCUACACGGACGUCGUCAACGGCUACUACGACGGCGCCACCGACCUGUACGAGUUCGGCUGGGCGCGCUCCUUCCACUUCUGCCGCUUCUACAAGGGCGAGGCGUUCCAGGCGGGGCUCGCGCGCCACGAGCACUACCUCGCCGCGCAGAUGGGCCUGCGCCCCGGCAUGCGCGUCCUCGACGUCGGCUGCGGCGUCGGCGGGCCCGCGCGCGAGAUCGCGCGCUUCGCGGACGUGAACGUCGUCGGCCUGAACAACAACGACUUCCAGAUCGGCCGCGCGCGCCGCUACACGAAGGAGGCCGGCCUCGAGGGCCAGGUCUCGUUCGUCAAGGGCGACUUCAUGAAGCUCGCGGAGCAGUUCGGCGAGAACUCGUUUGAUGCGGUCUACGCCAUCGAGGCGACCGUGCAUGCACCGUCGUUCGAGGGCGUGUAUGGUGAGAUCAUGAAGGUCCUCAAGCCCGGAGGAGUGUUUGGUGUGUACGAGUGGGUGAUGACGGACGCCUGGGACCCGUCGGUCCCGUCGCACAAGGAGCUCGCGAACCGGAUCGAACUCGGGAACGGCAUCCCGGAGAUGCGGCCGCUGAAGCAGGCGUGCGACGCGAUGCGCACGGUCGGCUUCACCGUCGAGCACGAGGAGGACCUCGCGGACCGGCCCGACGAGGUGCCGUGGUACUACCCGCUCGAGGGCGACGUCUUCAAGGCGCAAACCGCGUGGGACUACAUCACCGUCUGGCGGAUGAGCUGGAGCGGCAAGCUCGUCACGCACUAUGGCGUGUGGUUACUCGAGCGGAUAGGCCUCGUCCCGAAGGGGACGUGGGAGGUCGGUGAGGCCCUCAAGAUUGCGGGCGACUCGCUUGUCGAGGGUGGCAGGACAAAGCUUUUCACGCCGAUGUACCUCGCCAUCUGCCGCAAGCCACAAAACUGAGUGGAUGCAUUUAUCUUGCUGCCAUCUCUUACAUUCCUUUCCUCGGACUGCAUACAUGAUUCUAUACCCUGGUAAUAGUCGCCCUGCGAGCCUGAUGUUCGAGAGCGUGUCGCUUGGAUGUUCCUGCAAUCAAUCGCAUUGUGAUCACCUGCGUGCGCAGCUAGAUGAGUGCUCGGAUCUAUCGUUGACGUUGGCACGCAAGGAUUGGACUGCUCGAAGGCGGAGUACUACGACGCGUUGCGAGAUUUGUGCGACCACAAGACAAGGUGGCGGUUUAG